AUGACGCGACAGCGAUCAAUACUCACCGAGGAGCACGUGCGAGCUCUCAAGCCAGCCCUUCGCGCCUACGUCCUCUGUUAUGCAGCAUCUACGGGCCCAAGACUCUUUGGGUUCCUGAAGAUGCUUCGAAGGCGAGAUUUGUCCAUGGUGCAGAAGUCGCGUGUUCUGGUCACGAUUCUGAGGACUUCUACGCAAAUCAACCGCUUCCCAAUUGCGGGUGCUAUCCUGGUCGCAGGACCCACCAUCACAACCCGACUUGUGUCUAUCCUACUGCGACUGCUUUCCAGCAGAGUAGAAAAGGCACCUGCGCGUUCAUUAGACAUGGACUCGCUGUCUCGCCUGCGCUUUCUGUGUACCUUUUUGUCUGCGUGGCUUGCAUUCAAUCUGCUCAAUCGCGAUAAAGAGUGGGCUUGUAAGCGUGCACGUUCGAGGGGUGCGAUCGAGUUUCAAGCCUCCAAGACCGAGUCUCCGAACAAACACUAUCUGCCGGAUCCGAGCUACCGGCCAAGUUAUGCAGGCAAGACCAUUGAUUUCACCUUAUUUGCUCUAUGCCGAGCACUUGACGUCCUUGUGAUCUCGAUGUGGACUCGGACAAGAUCGUCACGACACCAUCCAGAGCAUGCGGCACCGCGAUUGGCCAAGCUCGGGAAGAAGUUGGUCGACCCUUGGGUCUUUGCCACCUCGGCCUCCAUCAUCAUGUGGAGCUGGUUCUACUCGCCUGAAAGACUACCACGAGCUUACAACCAUUGGAUCUCAACCGCAGCCGAUAUCGAUUCAAGACUCAUCACUGCGCUGCGACGGUGUCGAGAAGGCGAGUUUGUGUAUGGGCAGGACAGUGGUCAAGCUCCGCUGCUCAUGAGUCUGUGUGAUGAAUUAGGUCUGCCGCAAGCAUGGGGUGAUCCUUCGAAGACGAUUCCGAUUCCGUGCGAAUUGUACCACUGUGGCAGAGGCAGUAGCUGUGAAAUUCACGGCUUAUCAAGAUUCAUGAACAGCUUCAAAUUCUCUAUGGAGCUCUACCUCCCUUUGCAGCUCCUUACCAAGAUCACACGACCCGGUAAGACGGCUGUCCUAGCAGCAACAGGGGCAGCGGCUCGCUCUUCAUCCUUCCUGGCCGCAUUCGUCUCACUGUUCUACUACUCGGUGUGCUUGGCGCGCACCCGUCUGGGACCGAAAAUCUUCUCUCCAAAAACCGUGACAGCUCAGAUGUGGGAUAGCGGACUCUGUGUGCUUGCCGGCUGCAUGGCUUGCGGUUGGUCCAUACUGAUCGAGCAGCCUAAUCGAAGGCAGGAGAUUGCAUUCUUUGUCGCACCCCGUGCCCUGGCAACUUUAUUACCCAGAGUAUACGACAAAGCUCACCAGAGGCGAGAGCAGAUCGUUUUCGCUUUGAGCGUCGCCAUCGUCCUCAAUGCCGCCAAGACUGGACCAGAUACUGCAGUCAGGGGGGUGCUGGGACGGGUCUUACGGGGAGUCCUCAAGGAGUAG